CCCACACACACACACACCCCACCUCACCGCAGAGACGAUAACUGUAUAGGCGAUGGCCGCAGCUUGGUCCUUCCACUCCGUCGCCCGAGCUCCGCCGCCGCUGCGGGGCUUCCACGGGAGAAAGGUGCACUGCUGCAGCGCCGCUCCUCCCGGCGCCGCCUCCACCACAUCCUCCUACUCCAAGUUCGUGUUAGAGGUGAAAGAGAGGCUGGAGAGGGAGCAUCCGGGCCUCCCGACGGGCAGGAACGGGAGGGACGAUGAGGAGAUGAUCCUCUGGUUCUUGAAGGACCGGAAAUUCUCCGUCGACGCAUCGGUUUCCAAACUGACCAAGGCCAUUAAAUGGCGACAAGAUUUUCAUGUAUCAGAGUUAUCAGAAGAAUCAGUGAAAGGGUUGUAUCAAACUGGCAAGGCAUAUGUGCAUGAUUUUUUUGAUAUAUAUGGCAGACCGGUGCUAAUAGUUGUGGCAUCCAAGCAUUUCCCUUCUAAACAAGACCCAGUUGAAAAUGAGAAGUUAUGUGCAUUUUUGGUUGAGAAAGCAUUGAGUAGACUUCCCUUGGGAACAGAGAAUAUACUUGGCAUUUUUGAUCUUCGAGGAUUUCAGGUGGAAAAUGGUGAUCUCCAGUUUUUGAAGUUUUUGAUUGAUGUGUUCUACUAUUACUACCCAAAGCGGCUUGGGCAAGUUCUUUUUGUUGAUGCACCAUUCGUGUUUCAGCCGAUGUGGCAGCUUGUUAAACCUUUGUUGAAACAAUAUGCAUCCCUGGUGAGAUUUUGUGAUGCCGAGACAGUGAGAAAAGAAUACUUCACAGAAAAUACUGUACCCCCUGAUUUCCGCAAUUAGGUGUCGUGAACUCUUUAUCAUCUUUGUCAGUACUGGGUUGUUGCUCUGAAGAGACUGUUGCAGAUUCCAGUGACAGGAGUACCAAACCAUUGAGACGGAGUUAACCUGUAUUGACAAGAUUUUUGGACUUCAAUCUUUACACUCAGGAUCAUAUUGAAAUCAUUAGCUAGUCGCACAAGAAUUCCCUGGAUGGACUACGAAAUUCUCCAAAAAGGCCUUAAAGAAUGUAUCCCCAGCAUCCUUUGCUGUUUUUUUUUUGGCAUUUAAACUGUAAAUCUGUAAUCGUACCAUCAUCAGUUGAGUAAGCAGUAACCAUUUUGUUUUAGAUCCAAACAAAAACAAAGGAAAAUCACACAAACUUAUCCUAAAGAUAUUCCGUGUCCAUUCUAUUCACAAGG